AUGUCAAGACUGCCGGCUUCAAAGAUCCAGAAGUUCAAACAGAGGUUCGAAAAACUAGAUAUAGAUGGCACAGGUGCUCUUUCACGAGAUGUCGUUGCACAAAUUUUAGAAGAAGAAGGUAACGAUUUGGAAAGAUUAAUGGUAAUAAUUCUUUUCGAGACAUAUGAUUCUAACAAAGAUCAUCUUAUACAACUUGAUGAAUAUUUGCAAUUUUGCUCAGAAAUGUAUAGACUUACGGAAAGAGAAAUCUUAAGAAGGAUUUUCGAUUUUUGCGAUAAAGAUCAUAAUCAGAGACUUGACUUGAGCGAGGUUAUUAUGCUCGGAAAGCAAAUGGGCAGAAAUGUAACAGAGUCUGAUGCUUUUGCUACAAUUAGAGCUCUCGACGCUAAUCAUGAUAAUACAAUUGAUUUCGAAGAGUUUUGUGCAAUAAUCAAUUAA